AGUGCCGGGAGAAGUCAUUAGAAGUUUAAUUAUAAAUGGAAUUUUGAUAAGCUUACGAUAAUAAGCAGCAACAAAUUCCCCCGUUUCCAUAUGCAGCAAACACCUUACCAUGAAACCCAAUCUUGCUUAUCUGUUCCUUACCCUGUUUCUGCAAAUCAUAACCUUACACGUCGCCGGAGACUCACCCUCUGUCUACAAACCGGUCGAUGACAUCACCCUACAGUGCGGCUUUUCCGGCGACCAAGUCAACCAACAGGACGAACGAACUUGGAGUGGCGAUAUCAACUCAAAAUUAUCCCCCUUCCAAGCAGCUGGCAGCUCAUUCGUAUUCAAAGCAGCAACCCCGAUCUCCUCCUCCAGCCAAGUGCCUUACACCACAGCUCGGCUCUCUCGCUCCAAAUUUACGUACACAUUUCCACUCACCAGCGGCCAAAAGUUCAUCCGCUUGUACUUCUACCCCACUUCCUACGCCGCCGAGUUCGACCGAUUAAAAUCCCUCUUCUCAGUCGAAGCCCGCGGCUUUACCCUACUCCGCGACUUCAACGCCUCCGUCACCGCCGACGCUUCCUGGUCGGAGACAGUAUCCAGGGAGUUCUGUCUCAACAUAGCAUCCGAACAGAGCUUGAACAUCACGUUCACUCCGAGCAGAGCAAGUCCAGAUGCCUAUGCCUUCAUCAAUGGAAUCGAAAUCGUGUCCAUGCCCGACAAUCUUUAUUACAAUCCGCCGCAAAGUGCAGAUGGGGCUGUUUACGUAGGCAGCAUAAACCCGUAUUGGAUCGAAAAUAACACCGCCAUGGAGAUGGUCUACCGGAUCAACGUCGGCGGAUCUCAGCUUUCGUUCAAUCAGGACACUGGAAUGUACAGAAACUGGGAUGGUAUUCAAGAGGAGUACAACUAUUUGGACGAUUUGAGUAAAAAUUUUAGUCGUCUACCGCAAAACAGUAGUAUUCAGCUCGACUUUUCGAAAAUUCCGAAGUACUCUGCUCCGGAAGAAGUUUACCGAACCGCUCGGUCGAUGGGGAGGAACAAAACCAUAAACAAGAGCUAUAAUCUCACCUGGGGGUUUCCGGUAGAUUCUACGUUUUAUUACUUUAUUCGACUUCAUUUUUGUGAGUUCGAAGGUGCUGUUACAUUGCCCAGGGACCGGCUGUUUCAAAUCUUCAUCGCCAAUCAGACGGCGGAGAAGAUGGCGGAUGUAAUCUGGUGGAGCCAAGGUUAUGGGAAGCCGGUGUACAAAGACUACGUCGUUUUCGUGCCUGCAGGCGCCGGAAGUAAAAAGAAAGUUCAUCUCUUUCUUGCACUGCAAACCACCCCAAAAAAUCCGUCGACGAAUUACAACGAUGCAAUCUUGAAUGGACUCGAGAUCUUCAAGCUCAGUGAUUCAAAUAGGAAUCUCGCCGGACCAAACCCCGACCCGCCUCCCCCGCCAAAUAUAGCUCAGCCGGAGAGCCCCAAAGUUUCAGACAAGAAAUCUAUUCCUCUGUUUGCCAUCAUCGCCGGUGUAGUUUCAGGUGUGUUUGUUUUAGCCUUUGUGUUCGGAUUUUUGGUUUUCUGGAGAGGAAGAAAAGUCAAGGACUCAAGCUCCGAGCAAAGAACAAAAUGGGGUCCAUUUUCUUUUUCGACGACCAAGUCAACCAAGACUCGCGGCUCUUCUUUACCGUCCGAUUUGUGUCGCUACUUUUCACUGGCGGAGAUCAAAGCCGCCACCCAAAACUUUAGCCAAGGUUUCAUUGUUGGUGUUGGCGGCUUUGGUCACGUGUACAAAGGGCAUAUCGAUGGCGGGGCCACUCUCGUUGCCAUCAAACGGCUGAAACCCGAGUCAAAGCAGGGAGCCUGCGAGUUCAAGACGGAAAUCAAACUGCUCGCACAACUUAGACACCGCUAUUUGGUGUCUCUCAUUGGGUAUUGUACUGAUAGAAAUGAGAUGAUUUUGGUGUACGAUUACAUGUCACAUGGGACACUCGCCGACCAUCUCUACCACACCGACAACCCACCUCUCUCUUGGGGACAACGGCUCCAAAUUUGCAUUGGCGCCGCGCGAGGGUUGCGCUACCUUCACAACGAAGCCAAGGGCACUAUCAUCCACCGUGACGUGAAGAGCACAAACAUUUUAUUGGAUGAGAAUUGGAUGGCCAAGGUUUCAGAUUUUGGAUUGUCAAAAAUGGGCACAAUCACCAUGUCUAAGACCCAUAUUAGCACGGCCGUGAAAGGCAGUUUCGGUUAUCUAGACCCGGAAUACUAUCGACGUCAACAACUGACUGUGAAAUCUGAUGUGUACUCAUUCGGUGUAGUGUUGUGUGAAGUACUGUGCUCGAGACCAGCUGUGGUGCAUGCAGUGGAGACAAGGCAAAUGAACUUGGCUAAAUGGGCCAAGAGUUGCCAUCGCGACGGGGAACUUGAUCAAAUCAUUGAUCCAAACAUGAAGGGUAAGAUUGAAACCGAGUGUUUGAACAAGUUUGUGGAAAUUGCUAUGAGUUGCAUCAAUGAUAGUGGGAUCGAACGACCGACAAUGAACGAUGUUGUGAAGGGGCUUGAGUUUGCAUUGCAACUACAUCAGAAGUAUGGUGAAAGGAACAACGAGGAUGCCUUCGCUAGUGUGCCAGGUUGCGCUACGAAUGAAUCCAUUCAGUGCAUAUCCGGGACGAUCUUCUCAGAAAUCAACGAUCCGAUUGGGAGAUGAUAUAACAACAUUAGAGUAAUCUGGCUAAAAUUAUAUGAUGUGUUAGCAAUGACACGCCUAACCCUAAUACUCUCCCAAACACUAGGGUAAGCACGUGCUGGCCGACACCUGAAGGUGACGAAGCCAUAUUAGAAUGCA